AUGAACACGCGCACCGGCACGCUGUCGCCCGUCUCGACUGACAGCCAGGAGUGGUCGCCCAUCACACGCUACACGAACGUCGCAGGCGAGAACCCAUACUCGCCCUCGCUGCCGCCCAGCACCUACGGAGGCAGUACUUACGGCGGCAGCAUCUACGGCGGCAACAGCACUCCCGAUGGCGGCAUGCUCAAUGGAAUGCGUCCCCAAGGAAACGGCAACCCGUCGCCGCCCAGCUCAGUCGGCCGCAGCAGCGACGGCACGGGCCUGUACGCUGCGAGCCUCGCCGGUAGCGACGCCAGCAUGAGCAACCGCAAGCUGCAGAUGCUCGAGGAGACCAUGGCCGAGCACUUCCGCGUCCUCAAGGUCUACCUCGGGCCUUACCUCAACGACGCCCAGGGCAACCCGCGCCCGAGCCGUGCCAAGGACAAGCUCACGCGCCUGUCGGGCGUGCAGUUCCAGGAGCUCAGCACCGACGUCUACGACGAGUCGCUGCGCAGGGAGGAGGACCGCAGGCGCGGCGGGCCCAACGCACCCGGCAACGCGACGCCCAGCUACCUGCUGCCCAAGAACAACUUCCACCCCAAGCGCAACCAGGCCCGCCAGAAGCUGUCCACGCUGCCGCUCGAGCGCUUCCGCCAGCUCGCGACCGACGUCUUCUACGAGCUGGAGCGGAGGUACCCGCGCUUCACGUCCGGCGACCUGGCCCGCUCAGCAAGUCCCGCAGCGAGCGUCGCGAGCCGCGUCAGCGACAGAGGGCCGCCCCCCCGCAACGGCAGCAUGGACAGCAGGUUCGGCGGCCGGGGACCGCCAGGUCCCGGAUACAGAGGGCCACCUCCACCAGGCGACCCGCGAGGCAUGCAGGGGCCUCCAGGGGGGCUCGCACCGGGAUCGCAGGCUAACGAGUACGGCCGACCGCUUCCCAAGACUUUCCACCAGAACACGAUUGUACCGAACAAGGGCACGCUAGUAGAAGACGAUGACGACAGCGCUGGGGACGACGAUGAUGCCUUCAAUCUAGAGGGCGCUGCUGCCAGGCGGCAGACUAAUAAGAGCGCCAAGAGCAUGAGCAUGGCGCGGGAGAAGAUGGUUGCAGAACUAGAAAAGCAAGUCACAGAGCUGCAAGAGAAGACUGCUGCGCUGGGAGGAACCUUAAAGGACAAGGACGAUGAACUGCAGAGACUCAAGGACGCCGAAGGCACAAGAGACAGCACCAAUGCCUCUGAGCGCGCUGAAUGGGACGAACUCCGGUACUCUCUCCAAGAUAAGGUGGAGAAGGCAGAGACCCUCAACGCGUCAUUACGAUCCGAGCUAGAUAGGAUACGCAAUGAUCACGAGCAAGAGCAGAAGAGCCUGCGUGCGCAAAUCACUGACCUCGAAUCGAACCCACCACAGCAAGCGUACAAUAGCGGGAACGAUGAAUGGAGACAGCGGUGCGAGGAGCUUGAGCGCGAGCUGAGCGAGCAGCAACAGGUCGCGGAAGAGGUCCGCAGGGACGCAUCCACGUUCUUGCAGGAGAUGCGCGAACUGUCUGCACGCAGUGAUGCCGCUGUCGAAAAAGAGGAACGGCUCACGAGCAAAGUGUCGACACUGGAGGAAGAGCUGAAGGAAUGGAAGAGUCGCUAUGCACGCUCCAAGACACAGCUUCGCACGCUGAAAGCCUCGUCGAUUGGCUUGUCCGGCCUCGCAUCCCCAGACAUUGCCAACUACACCCGUAACGCCAGCUUCUCAUCACCGGACGGCUUGGUUAAAGACGUCCAUGUCACCAACUUCCAGCUCAGCAUCGACGAGCUAUUACAAAAGGCACGCAGAGUGGACUCGGAGCAAACACUUGAAAGCAUGCGCAGCGUCGUCAAAUGCGUGCGUGCUAUUACAGGCGAUAUUGACAGCACGCCGCUGUCGCAGAUGCAAUCGCCCACCAGCAGUAUCAGCGGUGACUUGAUGGCUAGUCCAGAGAAGCAGCAAGCCAAGCUCAAGUCGCGCGUCAGCGCUACGGCCAACAACCUCAUCACAGCUACCAAGAAUCACGCUUCCUCGAAUGGCAUGUCACCCGUCAGUCUGCUAGAUGCUGCUGCAAGCCACCUGUCCACCGCCGUGGUUGAGCUCCUCAAGCUCGUAAAAGUGCGACCCACACCAGACAACGAGCUAGACCGUGAUCAGCUGGAUCGCGAGGAAGUUGCUGACAUGCCCAUGCCGCUCAAGCCAACCGUAUUUGGUGGAUACAGUCCGGUCACGCCGAACGGCACAGGGAAUAACGUCAGCGACAACAGCAGCAGCAACAAUGCUAACAGCGUUGGUCCUGACCGCGGCCACCAACGCGGGCGAAGUAGCAAGGGCAGCAAUGCGACUGGUUACAGCUCGUACAGCUCGCCCUACAGUGGAUAUGGUCGCGAAAGCUCAGGCUCGAACGUGAUCAACGGCCAGGCUGAUAAAGGCAUGACCGAGUUCAAGAACUACCUCGAGGACCAGACCGCGACCCUCGUUCAGAGCAUCCAGCCUCUCGUCAACCUCAUCCGCUCAGGGCCAGACUCCACACCAGCCGAGGAGCAGCAGAUUUACGCGUACAUACAGGAUAUUUCUCGCGCAGUCGAUGACACUGGCGACCGCACCUACGACGCCGUUAAGCAACUCUCCAGCCCUGCGUUGCAAAAACACGCUAUUCCUGUCGUGGAGGUCCUCGACGAUUGCAGACGAGAUAUGCUCGACAUCGACAUUCGCAACGGUGGCCGCGACAAGGUUCCUCCGCUUGCUUUCAAGAUAGCCAGAGCUCUCAAGGAACUUGUCCUUCGUGUUGACCGUAUCGAGUCUGGCGAAUUGACCGUCGAGCAGACCCUGAAAACCGACUUUUAA